ACUUGGCUCCCUGUGGACGCGUCCGCGCACCACGUGACGUGCUGUGUUUACAUCCUCUCUUCUCAGCUGUUCCUUCCACCACCCCGACAAAAGCAGUCGCUCCUUUCCACUUUCUCCGCCUGCUUUCAUCACAGACAAAAUAACAACUCUAAAGCCGAGCUGUAAAUGUUUCCUGGAGUCUCCAUGAACCGCCGCAUUGCACCCAUUAGACGGCAGUGACUAAAUGCGACACGGCAUUGUUGUCACUGGCCGCCCGGAGAUGACUAUUGCGUGAGGAGCGACAUCAGCUGGAUCUUUUCGGGCCCAUAACAGUUUUUGUCGGCAUGGGGGGAGCCGUGAGUGCCGGCGAGGACAAUGACGACCUCAUCGACAACCUGAAGGAGGCGCAGUACAUCCGCACGGAGAGAGUGGAGGAAGCUUUCCGCGCCAUCGACCGCGGCGACUACUACCUGGACGGCUACCGGGAUAGCGCCUACAAAGACUUGGCGUGGAAACACGGCAACAUCCACCUGUCGGCGCCGUGCAUUUACUCUGAGGUGAUGGAGGCGCUCAAGCUGCAGCCGGGACUUUCCUUCCUCAACCUGGGCAGCGGGACAGGCUACCUGAGCACCAUGGUGGGCCUCAUCAUCGGUCCAUUUGGUGUGAAUCACGGCGUGGAGAUCCACAAGGACGUGGUCGAAUACGCCAGGGACAAACUGGACAGUUUCAUAAAGACCAGCGACAGCUUCGAUAAGUUUGAGUUCUGCGAGCCUGUGUUUGUGGUCGGAGAUUGCCUGGAAAUCUCCACAGACAGCCACCAGUAUGAUCGCAUUUACUGCGGGGCCGGCGUGGAGAAGGUUUACGAAUAUUACAUGAAAGUCCUGCUCAAAGUCGGCGGCAUCCUGGUGCUGCCUAUCGAGGAUCAGCUGACCCAGAUCACCAGGACGGGCCAGUGCACGUGGGACAGCAAAAACAUCUUGGCUGUGUCUUUCGCGCCGCUGGUCCAGCAGAGCAGAGCUGACGGCGACAAACCGGAAAGUGUCCAGUUGCCCCCCGUGGCGGUGCGCACCCUCCAGGACCUGUGCCGCAUCUACAUCCGCCGCACCCUCCGCGAGCUGGCGAGCGUCGGCGAUGAGGACGGCCAGGGCCGGCGCGCCGGGGCUCAGCGGGUUCCCCAGAAGCGCAAGCGGCGGCACUGCCGGCGGCGCCGCAUCAACACGUACGUCUUUGUGGGCAACCAGCUCAUUCCGCAGAUGGUGGAGAGCGAGGAGGAGCACGGCGACGACGAGCACAAGGAUGAGGAGGCCAACGUCCAGGAGGAGGAGGAGGACAAGGAGGAGAGGGACCUGGGCGAGGUGGAGAUCCUCAAGCAGACCAACGUCUUUAGAGACCACAUCUUGGCUCUCCCCUUGCCCGAGUCCCUCAAGGAAUAUUUGCUCUACUACAGGAAGAAGUGACGGAGGCAAGCAAAGGUGCGCGCGUCGCAUUAUUCCCACACUUUCUUGAAGGCGAAACUCCACGCCACACUGGAUGAUUACGUUGACAUUCUCGUUUGUAUAUGUUGAUUUUCCUUUUGGCUUGUUUUCUAUAUAAAACGCGCAUACUAUGAAAAUGAAUUCAGAUGAGGUCAAUUCACUGGAACCUCCAAAGUGGAGCACAAUGCCCUUUGAGAGUCAGGCAUAUAGUUGUUCUGAUUAACGUUUAUUCAUCUGUUCCCAGGUCGUGAAAAUCUGUAACUUUACACCGUGACGUUGAAAAGGGAAAACAUAAUGUGACUUCCUCCCACAUUCCAAAAUCAGACUGAAAAUUAGGCUGAAAACUAGCUUACCUGGAAGGAUUCCGGAUUUCAGAGGGCUGGAGAUCAUGGUUGCAAUCGUUUUCCGUGUUGCAUGACAACGACAAAAAAGCCAAAGAAAACGCAUCCUACGAAUUUUUUUCAACUUUAAAUUGUACCGCUUUGGAGGUUCUACUGUGUGUGAAUGAUUGCUAGAAGUAAAGCUUUUUUUUUUUUUUUUUUUAAUUUCUCAAUCAAAGAAGACUGAUGGGUUUUUCUACCUAAGAGGUGUCAUAACCGAUUUGUUUUUUUCUACGGGGGACACAUUUUAACGCAACCUUUUCUAAAACAGGGGCGCUGACUUGACGUGAGGCGGUUCAGGUCGCAGCAGGCGGAGCGAGAGCCUUCCGUGAAGUGUUAUUAAUGCAUGAACACACUUUUACACGAGGAGUGAUUGAUUCAUUCACGCCAAUCAAUUGCGACGAAUCUGAAGUGAUUUUAGCUUUUCUAUUGAAAGCGAUGCAAAUUUCAAAGCCUUUUUGUAUGUAUAACAAAGCACCUUAUUGUGGUUUGGGCUGGGAUGUGUGUGUGAGUGAGUGUGUGCGUGUCGGGGGGUGGGGGUGGUUUUUACAGCAGACUUCUAAAAUAUGAAAUGUACUGAUAAAAUUAUGAUUCGUCUGCACCACUUGUAUAGCGAUGGCGUUUUUUUUAAGUGCCAACGUCACAUUUAGGAAACAACAUUCCACGUUUUUUUGUUUUUUUUUUUCCAGUCACACGUAAUCUGACUUUUAUUUUUAUUUUACUUUGUGACAUUUAGUGUAUAAAAAAAAAAGAUGCUGAAAUGAAAACUAUACAACUGUACAUAUAUGGAUAGUCUCUACAGUCUCUUUUUGGGUUUGUCGUAGCACCUUCUUGCUGUAUUGUAACUUGACACUGGCAACUCUGUACCACCAAAACGUCACUGCUGUCUGUUCAAUAGAUGAAUAUGUACAAUAGUCUUCAUUGAUGACAAAUAUUCUUAGAGAGGUGAGAAAAAAUGCUGAUUAUUAUUAUUCGUUUUUCUGUGUUACGAUGAGUUGACUUUCCCCCCCCCCUCCCUUUGUUUUACUUUCAUUGGAAAGUUUUUAAAGUGAGCAAUAAAUUGUUCAUGCCACCUUUGAUUUGCAUUGCGGCCAUUAAAACUCUCAUGAAAGGAUUUCGGACGACACCGGAACACAAUCCAUAUUGUGAUGCUGGUUGACUUCAAACACUGUAUGAGAAAACUAGAAUAACAUACAGGUUAGGAGAUUUUGCAUCUUUGACUUGAAGGUUCCACUGAAACGAAGCAAUCGAGCCAAUUUUGGGAUUUGGAUGCAGAGCCAAACAGCAUCAAUUUCUUGGAGCGUGGAUGCGUGUGCAGUUCAUUUAUAAAAUGUGUUGUUUCUCUGUGGAUGUUUGGCACCAGAAUAAAAGUCACAAUCACAAA